AAACGCGACCAACCAUUUCGGGAGCGGCAGGAAGUAAAAUACCACCGAGUUUUGGUUUUACCUCUGCCAAUAAAUUCAUCACAGUCCAAUCACCCUUUUACCGUGGAUAUCAUUGAUUUUACUUUCCAUUUUUCAUCUUUUCUCUUCGUGCUUCGUGGUUGCAGUUAAACGGGCAAUACGAUGCGUCUGGUUUGACGUGUACGAUGAAAUUGACGCCAUGCGAGGGCAAAUCGUUCAAAAUAAUGAGAUAGGCCGGUCAUGAACGUCGACGAACGCAAUGAGAAACAUAUUUUGAUGGUGGUGCGCGAAUUCGAAACUAGUGACACGAAGAAGAGCCAUCCUACGAACGGCGAGAUUAGCAGCGAGUCUGAUUCCAGCAGCGAAGCGCGCUCUUGUAAAACUGUGUACAGAAAUCGAUGCAAGAAGAUCGUCAUAUCCGAUACCUCGUCCACCAUUCUUCCGUUCACCGAAUUUGCGAAAAAUAAUCGCGAAACCAGCACGAUCCAUAAGAAUCUUGCCGAUAGAAAAGAUGACAAGGGUAACCUGUCGUUCGGAGAUACAGACGCAGAGUCGCGGAAAGACAUCGUUGAUGGAAUUUCCUCGAAAGCGAAGAGAAAGAGAAAGCGAAGAUGUUUGACGAUAUGCACGAGCAAUUGUAAAUACGAGGUUGUCAGACGAGUGGCGACUCGUUUCGGAAUGAAAGAGGUCACCGAAGAUAGCAGUUGGAACUUGUACUGGACCGACUUGAGCGUGAGCGUCGAACGAGCGAAAGACAUGAAGAGAUACCAAAAGGUGAAUCACUUCCCUGGAAUGACAGAGAUCUGUAGAAAGGAUCUGCUCGCUAGGAAUUUGAAUCGUAUGCUCAAGUUAUUCCCAAAGGACUAUAAUUUCUUUCCAAAAACCUGGUGUUUUCCAGCAGACCACGGAGAAGCGAUGGCGUACGCGAAGCUGAGACGAUCUAAAACCUUCAUCAUCAAACCAGACACAGGGUGUCAAGGUCGUGGGAUUUAUUUGACGAAAAAUCUGAAGGAGGUGAAACCAACCGAACGUAUGAUCUGUCAAGUUUACGUGGCCAGGCCUUUUCUGGUGGACGGCUACAAAUUCGAUCUUCGUAUCUAUACGCUGAUUACCUCCUGCGAUCCUCUUAGGAUUUACGUGUACAACGAUGGCUUAGCCAGAUUUGCGACGAGCAGAUACAAAGAACCGACCGGUCACAACACAUCCAACGUGUUCAUGCAUUUGACCAACUAUGCUGUUAACAAGCACAGUCGAAUGUACGUGAUCGACGAUGAGAUUGGUAGCAAAAGGAAAAUAUCGACUCUGAACAAGUGGCUGAAAUUGAAGGACGUAAACGUGGAUGAUCUAUGGCGCAAAAUCGACGAGAUCAUAAUAAAAACGAUCCUAGCAGCUUACCCUAUCCUUAAGCACAGCUAUCACACGUGUUUCCCUACGCACGAUAAAACGUACGCGUGUUUCGAGUUGCUAGGCUUCGACGUGUUGCUCGAUUGGAAACUGAAGCCGUAUCUUUUAGAGGUUAAUCAUUCGCCGAGUUUUCACACGGAUGCGCAAAUCGACAAAGACAUAAAGGAGGGACUGCUGACGGACACCUUCGAGAUGUUGAACUUGAAUCAAUGCGACAAGAAAAAGAUCAUCGAGGAGGAUAGGAAACGCGUCAGGGACAGAUUGCUUCAAGGAAUAAAUUCCAAAGAUGGCUGUACGAACGAUUCGACGAUCGGCACGAUGAAAUCAGAUAAACCGGAAGAUGAUCAGCACCAAAAGCAAUUCAAAUGGGAAGACGAUCACAUGGGCAAUUUCCGUAGAAUCUAUCCGUGUUCUGACACUGAAAAGUAUCAACCGUUCUACAAGCAAACUGGCAUUUCCGUAUAUCAAGAUACGAUCGCGUCAAGGGCACGAGAAGAGGCAUCGAGAAUUCAAAAGGAAGAAAACGAGAUGAAAAUCAAAGAACAAGAGACUAAAAGGAUCAAUGGAAAAUGGAGCGAUUCGAAACUGCACGCGGAGAGUCCAGACGCCCCAAAGAAAUUGGCCAUUAUGAACGAUCAAGAAAGAAGUAAAUCCGCGUUACCGUCGAAAAGACAUACAGCCCAGAUGAACGUGAGGAAGCAAACUCAUUCAUCCACGAAUACCUCGCGCUCCUUCGAGCCAGAGAUCAUCUGCGAAUCGGAGGAAAGGGAACGAGUCACCUCGUUGGCUCAACGUGACUUCUUGAUCAAGAGUUACGGCAUGUUGGAACAGAUUUACAUGGCGAUGAAGAAGAACGGGACAUUGCGUGCCGUAGACGAGAAGAAGUACGGAUUGUACGGGAGACUUGGUUACAUGGACAACUCGAACAAAAACGUCAACUGUUGUAGACACAAGUGUCAACUACACCAUCAUCCUGGGCUAGAUGCGAAAUACGAACCGUGGUCGAAUCAUUCGUCGCAGUAUUGCCUGAAAGCAAAUUUCGAAGUAACGUGUAACGAGGCGCCUGUUUACGUUCGACCAAAGAUACCGCAGAAAUUUUGGCUAGAAGAUUUGAAUUCGAAUGAUCGAGGCGGUCGAAUCACGAAAGCACACGUGGCUCGCACUUUGUCGAACAUUGUGCGUUUACAUACGCUCGAGAAACGUGAAGAACUUAAUUCGUUCAAAUCGUAGCGAAUAACGAAUACCCCUUUAUUGAAAAAAAAAAAAGAAAAACUAAUUUAGUAAUAAGUUUGAAAAUUAUUGUAACGUUUGUAAUUAAUCAUUGUUCCCUGAAACAAUAGCUUUUGACUGCACAAUUCAAUUACCUAGAAUUUUUUUUAAAAUAAAUAUUAGGCGGAGACUUUUUUUUGAUAUGUUACAUUGUAAUUAAUAAACUAUUACGAUCGAAAUUUUUGAGACAAAGAUUCUAUAACGCGAUGGGAGGUCUCUUAAGCGUAUAUCAUGAAAGGAUAAAUUAGUAAAAAUUCUAAUGAAUGGAUACAAGAACGAUAUAAAAAUCAACAUGGUAUGGAUUUGUUAUUUCAAGUGCCAUAUAAAUAUGUACAAUGAGUGAACACGUACACGUUGCAGAAAAACGAGGAUAUCUUCGCACGCAUUGUAUCGUGUAUCGAAAUAAUGACAUACGUACGUUGAUUUCUAGUAUAUGUAUAACAAUUUAUAUCCUUGACCAUACAUACCACGCGUAUAAUGUGUAUGCACGUAUGUAUGUCAGUAUUUACAUGACAAAAAAUAAUCUAUGAACAAUUUAUACUUCUCACAUAAUACGUGAAAAUUUCUUUUUUUACUAGCACGCGACAUUCUUUCAAUCUAUUAUAUUCUUCUCGAUUUCUUUCUGAUUAACCGGAUCGAUGUUUCAUUCAGAGAAACGUAACGCGUUGAAAAUCAGCUUAUUCAAUACACAAGCGUUAAAAUUAAUAAUGAAUAUUAUAUAUGUAUAUAUAUAUAAUAUUAGAAUAUAAUAAUGAAUUCAGUUAUCAAUAACAAAUAUUGAUCUCGUACAAAGUAAUAAUACAGUAAUGAGAAUAAUAGUAACUAACAUAAUACAUAUAAUAGUAAUGAAGGUGAUAAUAAUGAAAUCAAGCGUCGAUACCGCCCUCAAGUUUUCUUGAGUCCUCUGAUUUCGAUACAGUGGUUGUCCAGGGAGGAAAAAGGAAAUCUAACUUUACGGUUCACUUGCAAAUUCCUCUUUGCUGUUGCAUUGGUUCAGGCAAAACGAAAAAGGAAAAUAAAAUAGCACGACGCAUUCUCGAUUCGAUAAGACGAUACAAGAGAUUAUUUACAGAUAGUCUAGAACAAAAUAUCUACGUGUUGCAUCGUUUUUCAAAUAACUUAUAUACACAGAUAAGUUGAUAAACAGUUUGACCGCCAUGUUACGGUCUCACCAAGCAGUCAUUUUAUCUUCGAUAAACCUAAUCUGAAGUUACAAAUUGAAAUCGUAAGAUCGUUCUCCAUAAAAUAAUUAUGUAUGGGUGUCAUGGCAGUCAAAGCGUUAAGAAAGAAACAAAAAGAAACAGCUUUGGACAAUUGUAAUUUCGAGAGAGAACGUUUCGUUCCUCGACGACAAAUGGCUGAAAGAAAAUGAAGAUAAAGUGACGAAAUUCAAAGGUAACACAAUGAGACAAAAACGAUUCAGACACAUAUGAAAUGCAUUUGCUUCGAACAAAUUGUACAGGGAUUAAGCUACCGGUUAAAAAAGAAACGUAAUCGAAGAAACUGUUGCUACUCGAUGAAUGCAAGAACGAGACAUUACAACGUAUCAUUUUAGGCGUGCGUCAUGAUUCCGUUGAUCGCAUAACAGUUUUUGUUCGUAAACAAUAAAACUUAUAUAAGUUAUCUCUGAAAAAUAGACGCUACUAGUAGUUUACUUAAAAUUACGAUUCGUUCGUUUGUACUAGAAAAACGAUUAUCCUUAAUCAUCCGAGUCUCUUAGCAAUCGUCUAUAGUUGCGCAUCCUUUUUCCAUCCCGUUGAGCCGAGCAUACAUCUUUCAUUUCGUUAUUCGCUUAAUCCCCUGCAUUCCCGUUAAUAGAAUUUUCUGUAAUAGAGAGAAAGAGAGUGAGAGUGAGAGAGAAAAAACAAAAAAAAAAGCAACGUUAACGAUCUCCAGUGUGUGAUACACCCCCCUCCCCCCUCCAUUCAUCCUUCAUGUGACAAUGACAAAAUA